CCUUCGAGUUACACGGGCGCAGCCAGGGAUUUUCAAAAACAAGGCUGAGGCUCAGAUAGUCUGUCAAACACGGAAACUCACAUUACCUACAAAUACGAUACCAGAAUUAAAAUGGUACAGAUAAGUCACAUCAAUGCUUCAUCUAUGGACACGCUCCAAAGUGCAGCACACCUUGACCCGAAGUGAACAUGCCUGCUAAGUUUCGACUUUCAGAAGCCAAAUAUGCCUCACUUGAUCAAUCCGGACCCAUUAAUCCUCCCUCUCUACCCCAGCGCCUCUAUGGGUCCAUCCUAUCCCUUCGUCAUAUCUGGCGAGAAGUCUUGAUAGUUUGUCUUAGCAGCCUUUGUACAGGACUCUUAGUAAACCGUAUCUUGGCUCCGCUGGAUGGUAGAGCACCCCAGCCUAAUCCAGAAUACGACACGACCUCAAACCAUGACCGUUGGACCCAAUUCCAAUGGACUACAGGAAUCUACAGCUCUUCGAAGCCCGAAGAUUUCGACGCCGUGAAUAAGGCCUGGGAAGAAGUCAUCCCAGCGUACGGCUUCGUAGCGGUUGAUCACGAAUGGGCUGUGGAGAACCACCUCCCAGCGAGCAUGAGUCUCCCAUCAGAUCCUUCGAAGGGAGUGUAUAUUCUUGAUGCGUGAGGCCGGCCUACCCCUCCAGCUGCUGCUUUCUCCACCCCCUGAUGUUUUCAAAUGAGCCUUUUUUCGUGAUACUGAGAACAACAAAC